AUGGCGGCCCCACCCCAGGGCUGCGGGUGCGGCGACGGUCGCGACCUGAUGCACCGCCAGGCGUGGAGCGAGCAGGGCCCCCGCACCCCGACGGCCGCCGGCGCGGAUGCCGCGGCGCGUGCGGCUUGGUCCGCCGCGGACGGGCCUGGCGUGCCCCGCGCGUUCAUCUUGCUCGCCCUGCUGGUUGGGUUUGGCAUCGGGCGCGAGGGGACGCUGUUCCUGCAGGCCUUUGAGAACUCUGCAGGCCAAGAGGCUGCGGCGUACGAGUGCGCCAGCCUUUCUGCCAAG